AUGGCAGUAAAUCAACAAGAGCAAUUAAUCACGCAUAAGGUGACCACGAUUGUUUCAUUGGUGUUAUCAAUCUACGGCAAUUUGCGUUAUUUAGUUGGUAGAUCUCCUUUCGAUUCUGACAGUCCAUUCAAUGUUAGCAACACCCCUUUUUCAUCCAAUAUAUUGGUGACCUUAAUAUACUGGGGUAUAUUAUACUUCUUGCAAAUUGUGUUUGUUAGUCAGAUUUUUAUUCCAGCCCAAGAGCUGGCUAGGGCAAGAGUUGAGCUUUCUCAAGUAGUUGGAUGGCACUUCACUAUUUUCAACUUUGCUCAGUUUAUCUGGUCAAUGUUGUUUGCUAGAAGACAUUUCAUUUUAAGUGAAAUCGUGUUGUUCAUUAAUUUCUUCAAUAUUUUGGCACUCUACUACAGUCACAAAACCUACAGCAUCAAGCCUUUGAGCAACUGGAUUUUAAUUCAUUUGCCUACUAGUGCUUUGCCAUUGUCAUGGUUGUUCUAUGCUAUUUUCUGGAAUGGUGCUGUUAUGUUCCACAUUCACAAGUUUGUUGGCAGAGUUGUUUGCAAUGUUUUGAUCUGGGAUUUCUUGAUUGUGCCAUCAAUGUUUGUUCUUUUCUACAAUGAUUAUGGUGUUGGUUUGAGUUCAUCUGUUUUGAUGUUCGGCUUAGGUUUAGGCCAAUUGUUUACAAAGGUGUUUGCUUUACAAUGGAUUUUUGCAUUUAUUAUUGCAUCUAUUUUAUUGGUACUCAGUUUGGUCGCAGCAGUUGCUGGAUCAUAUUAUGUCAAGCAAGAAAGUACCAGAGUCACUGAUUCUGAAGCUGCACCAUUAUUAUCUAAUUAA